CCGCGCCGCUUCAUUCGGCUUUCAGCGCUCGGUGUCUACGUGUCGGCGUGCGGUCCCGUGCAUUAUUCUGAUCAUUCUAUCUAUCUCGCGCUCCCUCCCCGUUCCUCCCUCGUGCAGUCGUGCAAGGAAAUAGGAAACGCGCUCGACUUGACUUAACGGCGAGACAUGUCUGGACGCGGCAAAGGCGGUAAAACCAAGGGAAAGGCGAAGACCCGCAGCAGCAGGGCCGGGCUGCAGUUCCCCGUGGGGAGGAUCCACCGUCUCCUCAGGAAAGGCAACUACGCGGAACGCGUCGGCGCCGGUGCGCCGGUCUAUCUCGCCGCCGUCAUGGAAUAUCUGGCGGCCGAAGUGCUCGAGCUGGCUGGAAAUGCCGCCAGGGACAACAAAAAGACUAGGAUAAUCCCACGCCACUUGCAAUUGGCCAUUCGUAAUGACGAAGAGCUGAACAAAUUGUUGUCUGGAGUGACCAUUGCUCAAGGUGGAGUCCUGCCUAACAUCCAAGCGGUCCUGCUGCCGAAGAAGACCGGCACCGGCGGCUCCGGAAAGGGCGACAAAGCGUCGCAGGAAUAUUAGAUUAUCACACGUUUAUAAUUUUAACCGUAACUCUAGAGAGAUGCCUUUGUUUCGUGAAACCGGUGUAAAAGGAACGAAUGUCCUUAUAAACCCGUAUGAUAGGACUGAAUUUAUACUGGAGAUAAAAAAUAUGGAGGUCGAUAACAAACGUUACAUUGUCAUAUUGGUUUCCUUGUUAGUCCAUCGUUUUCACGAAUUCAAAUCUGCGAACAUUUUUUUUCCUUUCUUCUUUUUUAAUCACGACCACUCGCAAGAAUUUUCAUUGUAUUUUUAUGGAGAUAUUUGAGCUAGAUUCACGCUCUCUAACGCGUCUGUCCUUGAUACUGUUGAAAGUAUAAUUGCUGCUUGACGAAAUGUAUUUGAUAAUUGUGUUUUGGUUAAAGAUGUUACAGUGCUGAACGGAAUCUUAAAUUCCCGUUUCAAAGACCAUACUAUUAAUUGUGACUGUUUUGUGACUGUUUUUCUGCAUGUGAUGUAUUUAUGAUACAAUUAUAUUAUUUAAAAACUAUUACAAUUAUAUUCUUUCUGCAUAUAUUUUUCUUUUUUUUAUCUUUAGCUUCUCGUUUAUUCUAAUUCUCCAGUAUUUUAUUAACAAUGAAGAUUCGAAGAUGUAUUGCGAAAGCGCUUGAAUGUUUUUGUUGAAUGUAAACGAUAUUUAAUGCAAAAAUAAAAUAGCAUUGCGUCCUUACUUGAAGUUCAGUUUGCAGGUGUGUAAUCCCAGUUUUAGAUAUAAAUAAAACUUCGUUGUAGAAAGA